AUGUUCGCAUUAAAGCCAACUAAACUGACGCUCCUAGUGUUGCUAGCAUCCAUUCUUGCCGGCUCGGCAGUGAUAGAGAGCAAUCGUGCAAAGCCGCGCCAGCGACGCUUUCUAAUCUUUCCACGCGCCAAUCCACAACGUUUGCAGUUGAUCGGUGGUUUCGGCAUACCGGCCGAUAUUCAGCUCGAAUCGAUCACGAUGGGAUACGUGUUCAAAUCGGUCUAUCUGUUACCCUGGAACUCGUCACACUGGAUACCGCCCUUCCUGGAUCGUCACGAGUUUGAAACAGAACGAGCUGACCAUGUCCUUCGGAGGCGUGAAGCCGUGCUAUCGACAGCACCAUUGGUGAUAUCGCCGCAGAAGCUGUACGAACGUUACGAUACAGACGCGCCGUGGCAGGAGUUGGAAUCUGAGGGAUUUCCCGUCCCAAAAUCUGACUCACAAUCGCAGCAAUCAUCCCGAUGGACGUUUUAUCGUAUGCUAGAACAACUGUUUGAACAGAAAGGUUUAGAUGGCCGGAGCUGUGUUUUGCGUGCAAUUUGUGAAUCUUCCGAGGCUAGCUUUACACAUACAAGCGGUUUAAUAGGGGAACUGUUGCACAUUGCAUUUACACCCUCGUCCACCGAUGAAGUCCACGUGGAGCCGCAUCACACGUUGUACGGUCAGGCCGAGCGGGUGCCAAGGUUGAUGAGUGCCACCAAAAGUGACAAAUCGGUUUGUGCUGACAUGUUUGCUGAAUGUAAAUUAUCGCUGCUGGAUUCAUUUUCGAACGUGUUUGGUGGGAUAAUGUGA